UUGUUGCGAUUGACGAUAUUUGCUAACAAGAAAACAGAAACAAACUCUUGCGAAAUAGGUCCAAUUGGAAAUACUUUUAAUAAAUUCAGCCAUGGAUUUCAUUGAGCGUGAAUUGUGCGACAUAAGAAAUGAAUGCAAGAAUAAAUUAAACCACAGCAGAAUCAUUACCUGCAAUACAACGCUUGUGCGGGUGGAUCUAUUGCCGGACAGAGCGAAUCGCACAUUGACGGUUUGCUUACGUUUUCCGGCAGAUUAUCCACAGAGCUCAUCCAUCAUGGUGGAGCUGAAAAGUCGCGUUUAUUCGGAUAAAUUGCUGGCCGAGCUCACUCGACUCAUGGAUGAGCAUGCCAAGGAGCAUAUGGGAAAACCACAGGCAUUGCUUGUUUUGUGCUUUGCCUUGCAGUAUUUAUCGGACAAUCCAUUGUGCGUGUGUCUAGACGAGAUCAAGCAGCUGCGCACAGAUAUUAAGUCCAGAGAAGUCGCCGGGAACGUUGCCAGUCAACUAAAGCUGCGUCAGCGCACCAGUUGUGUGGAAUUAAUUGCUAGAGGUGGUCACUACAUCUAUCGCAUCACAGCCGUUGUGCCCGAUGAUUAUCCCAACCAGUGUGUCGAGAUGCGUGGCCAGGAGUCCAAUUUACCCAAUGUCCUGGUGCGUUACCUCAACGGACAAUCGCGGGAGAUUGCCCGUCAGUGUGUGGAGCCGCCGUUGCGUCUAAGCAAGGAUGAACUCGCCAACUUUCGACCCGUACACAGUCUUUAUCGCACCCUCAAGUUCUGUUUGGAGGCGACUCGCGAUUUCCAUCUUGAGCUGUGUCCAAUUUGUGAUAAUCCCGUGCUGCAAACACAGCCGGAGACAGUGGUACUGGAUGACCGUGAAGAUGCGUUUGUCGAGCGCGUCUACUGCGGCCAUCUGUUCCAUCAGGGCUGUCUCAAGCACUAUCUGUCCGAACCUCCGUUUCCCAAGGGCGGCAAACUCUGUCCGGCUAAGCGACGUCAUCCACGCUCCGACGCACAAACCUACAUGGGGAACAAGGCAACUGCAGCAUUGAUAGCAACUGGUAGCAGCUGUAAUAAACUGGACAAUGGAAUGGGAUUGGGAUUGGGUGUUUGCGGCAUUAAACUGGCCCAUGAUCGUUGGGUUCUCAACAUAAAGACAGCCGAAGCACGCUGGGCACAAAAACAGGCCCGACAACGUGAACUGGAGGAGGUGGUCGACUUUCUACAGUGAAAUACAAUGCACCAACAUUUCUGUAUAUAAAUUAUAAUAUAUUUAAAUUUAAUUUGUGAUGUAUUCGAAUACGCUUUAAUGGCUGAAGAUGCUAGGUUAUGAAAUAAAUAGUAAGAUGAUUAUGAUUAC